GAACUGCGGUACGCGGGCACACACACAGUGCUGCAGAAGAGCGCAACUGGUUGCGGGCACCGUUAAACGGAUUGAAUGAUGGAUGCGGUGACGAGGGCGCUGGAGGAGAACGUGAUUCCGUUUCGAGAGGUUGUGGAAUGCCGUUCGUGCGCUGGACUGUGUUGCGGUGUUUUAUUUUUUAUUUUUGCGAGCCGAAGGACAGAUGCCGUCGGGUGGUUGGGAGGCCAGAGGUGAUUCAAGGAAUGUACAAAGUGUUCUGUGUACGGUACGACGAUGGAUUGCAGCAGUUACGAUAAGAAUGCAGAAAUCGAGCAGUUGCUUAGUUAUGAUCAAGAUGGAAACGUUGCCCUCAGUACUCAUUGAAGAAUCCCCGGUUAUAACACACUAGUGAAAAAUUAAGUGCAUGUGGUUAGACAAUCCACGAAUUCAAUGGAACAUUGAGCAGUGAUCAAAGACAAUAUUCAAUAGCCAACGAAUCGAUAAAUCCGCGAACUUUAACCAACACAAACCAAACUAACACUGAAACAAACGAAUGUGAAUCUUUUUCAAGGAGAAACAAAAAGUAGAUAUUCAAAUACCUGCGGUUAACCAACGUCAAUAACCAUUAACCCCGCAAGUCUAACCCCUAAAAGUCAAGUGAAUGCCCAUAGUGACUCAUCACCGUCUCCGCCAUCGUCAUCAUGUCCCAUGCUCACGGUCUUACGCGUUAUUCGCAGUACUCGUCUUCCGGAGGGGCGGGUCCCCAGACGAGCAACAGCGCUGCUUCCAAACAAGCGCCAUCAUCGAGCGCUAGCAGCGGAAGACCAUCGUCGGUCGCUGCCCAACUGCCGGGAGGUCAACCGCAAAUUCCUCCACCACCAGCGGUGCGAGCCCCGAUUAUAGUAACGUCAUCCGGAUGUUCAAUGCUUCCACCAAGCCCUCCUCUGCAAACGUUGGUCCAAUCCAGCAGCGGAUCCAGCAGCCCUCAACAGGCUCAACAGCAGUCUCAAACUACGCAAACAUCUGUCCCUCCGAGUCCCAAGUACUCCGCCAUGAGUGGUAGCCUGUCUGGCUCUGACACCGACGUUUCAACCUCUACGGAGAACCUGACCCGUGAGGAACGUUACGUACUGCGUCAUGCUCGUGUUGAACCGCAGGGCGAAGAGAAUAUGCAAGGAAGUGUAACGCCUGUUAAUGAAGUUCAAGUUCGUUACCAUCCCGAAAAAUUCGCCUCAAACGCUUCUUCGGACUCGACGCGCUACGCAACUCCAAACAGUAGCCGCAGUAUUUCGGAAAGUCGAAAUGCCCUGCACACCUAUGCCAAUACAGGAAACGAAGGUUCCAAUCGAAACUCCAUCAUCAGUAACAGCUCGAAUAGAAACUCUCUGAAGGAACCCAAUUCCAACCGAUCCUCUAUGGACGUUUCUCAAUCGUCCUACAAUACCCUCAUCAUCCACGACGAAGGCAUCUACUCGAUGAACCGAGAAUACUCCAGUCCUCCACCAUACAUGAAGAAAGAUCGACCUCGGUCGUAUGGUGAAUCGCAACCUCCUAUUCAGGAACUGUCCGAGAUACCGGAGAAGUAUCUCAGUCAGAGCCACGUACUGAAACACCUCGCUAAGGAAGUGAAACUUCCGACCCGGACCCGUAGUGACUCCAACACACGCGAUUCAGGCGUUUCAGAGAACACGGACUCGAGAGAUCCACCGAAGUACGGUCAGCACUGGAUUGACGCCCAAAAUGCUUCCACAGAUGAAUCCAACGCCACGCAGGCGAAUGCCAAAUUGAAAAGCAAAAGCCAACCGGACCUGACACGCUUGCUGGACAUUGACCCGGAGGAGGUGGAAGCUAUGUACAAAGAGAAUCAAUUGCUGAAACAACAGCUCAACAGCUGUUUUCUCAAGGUGGCCAAGAGCCAAAAGUUGGAGCAGGAAAUCUCCAACAUUUAUCGAGUGCACGAGGAGCUGGUGCAAUCGUGCGAGCGACGAGAACGGCUCGAGAAAGCCGCUCGGACCCGUCUGCAGCAGGACUGCCGCCGGCUUCAGGAGCUUAACCGAGCCUUCCGCGAUCAGGUCGAAGUUCUGCAAAAUCAGCUGCUCUCCUCGUCAGACCAUCAGCUCGGACGCACGCAGCAAGACGUGCUGAUCUCGCAGCUAGUGACCCAAAAUAAAUCACUAGUGGACGCUAAUCGACGUCAGUGCAUCGAGCUGCAGGCUCAAAAUGCAACACUGGAAGAGCAGCGCAUUCAUAUUAACGUGCUUGAUACGGCCCUGAAACGGCUGGAAGAAGAAUGCCGUCAGAAACAGGUCUACGUAGAACGCUGCGCCCAACUGCAGCAUGCGUUGCAGUCACUCCAGAAUGCCAGUGAACGGCGGGAGCAAGCGGAACGAAAGCUUCGCAUGGACUACGAGAAUGAUCUGCCGAAUCGAAGCGGUAGCAGCACCAACAGUGAAACCGACAACCUUAAGUGGCAGCUGCGAGAGAAAGACGCACAAAUAAUGAGACUUGAAGCUGAAUGUGCCAAAUUGGAGCAGCGCAACCUAGAGGAGUCGAACGUACGAAACGUCGCUAAGCUAGCGAUGGAGCGUAACUCGCAGGAAACGGAACGAAUUAUUGCGGAGGCGAAGCAAGAGAAGAUUCGUUACCUGGACGAGGCACAUUCUGCGAACCGCAAGGUUACGGAACUACAAACCCGACUCAAACUGGUGGAAAACCGAUUGGCCGAGAAAGAGGCCAUGAUCCGAGCGUAUCACGGACAAAAAAUCUAUGGUUCAACAAACUCCUACGGAUCGUACAACCUAUCGACCGAUAGCUUCGCACUGAAUUCACUAGGAGCGUAUAACUCGCAGGCAUCGUACGACGUGUCGAACAACUCGUUCGACGUGACCACUACGGCCUCUCUGCUGGAUACGUCCGGAUACGGUCCGAACGUGUCGUCCAGCUUUGCCUCGAACUAUGGACAGACUAAUCCGAGUUUCAACCAGAGCUCGAUCAAUCUGCAAACGACGGGCGGUAACAGCUACAGCUCGCCGAGCAGUAGCUCCAACUACAGCACCAACUAUGGAACCAGCGAGCAUACAACCAUCUACGACUCGAAGAACUUUGACGCCCAGCGUAAAUCCAUCGACGAUCAACUCAAGCAGCUGGACGAACAGCUGCUCAGUAAGCGAGGACUUUGCUGCUUUCCUAGCUUAACUACAAAGAAACCCAUUCAACCUUUACUCUCCGACGAAGUAUCUGUGCUUUCGACGAAUAACAGCGAAACCUUCCUGCAGAAUCUUACUCAUAUCGAUCCGCGUGAUCGGGAGAGACAAGAUCGACGUGAACAGGAUAGUUUAACUGGUGCUAGCGGAGGUUCGAGUGGAAACAACGGUGGUCAAAGCGGAAAUAACAGCAGCGGUCCCAGUUCAAACAAUGCUGGAAGCUCAACCAAACCAGAGGAGAUGAUACUCCUGGAGAAGCAGGGACGCUGCUCACAGAAACUCCGCAGCAACCAAUUGAGUAACCUGGCGCACGUGACCCAGACGGUUGGGCAAAACAUGACCGAUAUUAGCAACAUUGGCGGGAAUAAGGUUCCCAAAAUUUUAUCCAAUAUUGCGCAGCAAGCGGGAGGUAUCCUACCGCCUCGGAAUGAUCGUGGAUCAUCACUACCACCGAGUGCACUGCCAAGACCACCAAGAAGUUUAAAGCCCCCACGCAAAAUUGAAUACGGAAGACUAAGCGAUUCAGAGGGAAAGAAACGUGCCGAGACUCCCCCGCCUACGGAUCCCCAAAAAGAAUACGAAAUGAAAGCAUCCAGUUUGAAACGAAUGAACGGCGGAGCGUUCAAUAAGAGAGAAUUUUCACCUGGGAAAAGUUACAUAGAGAUGAAAGAUCCGAUUCAGCUUGCUGCUAAGGACUAUGGCACGCUCAAGGCCAAAAACUAUGGGUCAUUGGGGAACACCUCGUUACCUUCGCCGGGUAAAAGUGAUAGCAAAUUUGGAUUUGGAUCCAAAGCUAACGCCUCCACUGCCAGCGGAUGCGAGUUCUCCAAACCAGACUACACAUCCACCAAAAACUACCAGCGACUGGAGGAGCCCAGCACACAGUCUCGCAAGAGCUCUCUAGAAACAACCGGCAUGAAGCGUUCCCUACUUCCCAAUGUUCGCAAACUCAGCGCCACCACUGUCAAAGGAUCCCGGGAUUCUCUGAACUCCGCUUCCAGCGGAUCUAACAAUUCCAACAACUCAAAUCACAUUUCGCGAACGAGUCCGAUGCACUCACCUCAAACGCCGCAACCGCCAACUUCCCUGGUAUAUCACCUGCACCACGGUCGAACGCCACCUCGUUUCAUCCAUCACCAGCAGUCCACGUCCACGGAGUCCACCAAAUCGUCGCUUCCGUCGCCCCAGUCUCCGACGGGAGCUCUCCAAAAUUCUCCAUUCUUCAGCAAACUUGCCCCGAAGCCUUCGCAGCAGCCGGCGCACAAAACUAGCAGCAGUACCUUGCCCAGUGCCAGUAUUCUUCACGCGGCCGUCACGGCAUCAGCCACAUCAGCGAUCGGACAGCAGACGACGGCUUCGUUACCGCCGAAGCCGGUUACGGAUGGCACUGGGAAGAGUAGCGCUGGUGGGAGCAGUAGCGGUUCCGGAGGCCAACGAAGAGGGAGCAGUUUGACAAGAUCGGAGAACAAGUACAGGAUACAAUUUUAGGAGGGACUGCCGUUCGGUGGGUUACAGAAGGUCGGAAGUAUUCAAUGUAUUAAAAGUGAAACUUCGUAAGAAUGUUGAUUUUUUCGAUGUGAAUAGUUGUAGAAAUACGGUAGUAUUGGAAGGUAUUCUUUUUUGAAUGGACUAAAUUUGUAUACAUUGGAAUAGGAGCAAAAUUUUGGAGCACAAUCUGGUUGUUCAUUUUUAUUAAAUUUUUUUCGCAGUGGAGAGGCCAGCUGUGGUAAUUAUACUAAGACAAAAAUGUUCAA